GGGGACGUUAACUUCCUUGUUGGGAUUUUUUACUUUUGUCAACAAAGCCGCGUCAGACUUCCAGCCGAAGCGGACGUAGAGUGGUGUCUGCGCCGGUACCAGUCGCUGGCCCCCCGCUCUUUAAGCAGCGACUCUUUCCAGGCGGGAAAAUGACUUUUCUUUGGGUUUUCACGUCGAUUUUCGUGCCGAUGUGCUGGGUGAUUGUGUCGGCGGAGAAUAACGCGACCCACCCCGAUGGCACCACGGCGCCCCGACCCGCUGUAACCAACUCCAGCGCGGGGAACUCCACUCACAGCGGGGGCAGGGCUCACAACGGGCUGUUCAACGGCUUCAACGUGGACAGCUCCAUGAUCCAGCGGGCCCUGUACGUCCUCAUCGCCAUCACCGGGAUCGGAGUCCUCUACUUCCUCAUCCGAGCUGUGCGGCUAAAGAAGCCCACGCAGAGGAAGAAGUACGGCCUGCUGUCCAACUACGACGACUCGCUGGAGAUGGAGGCGGUGGAGAGCGAAGAGGACGACACGCUGUACGAGGCUCGCAGCCUGCGCAGAUGAGGCCUGCUGUUUGUUAUCUGCUGUGUGGACAUCAGCUCAUAUCGAUUAAGGACCAACGGCUGGGAGGGGAAAACACACGGGACCAGGCGGCCGCUGAAGGAAAAUGCCAAAACUUCCCGCUGCUCAGGGGAGCAGCAGAAUCCCUGUUUUUUUAAACGGUGCUGGAUGCUGGAACUGCUCCCACGGAUCCUCACCAGGCCAAAUCCUCCUUCUCUUUUCUUUGUUGUUAUUAUUAUUUCCAUCUUUUCCUUAGUGCGUUUUUUCUCUGAGCUUUUGGGGCGUGUGUGCUUUGACGUGCUGGAAGCCGGCCGGCGGGCUUCGAUCCGGAUUGGUCAUCCUGCCAGACUCUGACCCUCCAACAAGUGUUGGAAACCGUGGUGGUAUUGACUCCUGCUUGUUUUCAGGUUUAAAGGAUGGAAAUGUGUGGAAACGUCUGAUUGAUACUGAUUUUUGGAGGCUUUGUGAUGUGUGCCUCUCCCUUUAUGACAAAGACAGAGUUUAUACUUCUAUACGACAACACUGAGACCUAAUUUUGAAUAAAAUCUAAAAACACUGUCUAUAAUCAUUUUUCUAAUCUAAUAUUAAUUUAGUUUAACUUCUUUUGUUACAUUGGUUAAAAUAACAUAUUUAACACUGCACUAAUAAAUGUAGAAACUUA